UAUGCCUUCAGCCGCAACUUCAAGGAGAAGGGUCAGAUCGCCCUGUCGACCUACCUGAAGACCUACCGGUACGACCGAUUUUUUCCCUCCGCCGAAACAACCGGUAUAUACGUGAUUUGCAGGAUCUGAUAGUUUUGAUAUAGGGUUGGCGACAUCGUCGAUGUCAAGGUAAACGGUGCCGUUCAGAAGGGUAUGCCCUACAAGGUCUACAACGGAAAGACCGGUGUUGUCUACAACGUCACCAAGUCCUCCGUCGGUGUCCUCCUCUACAAGGUCGUCGGCAACCGCUACAUGGAGAAGCGCAUCAACGUCCGCAUCGAGCACGUCAAGCACUCCCGCUCCCGUGAGGACUUCAUCAAGCGCGUCAAGCUGAACGCCGAGAAGAAGCGCCAGGCCAAGGAGCAGGGUGUCCACCUCCACCUCAAGCGCCAGCCCGUCGGUCCCCGCGAGGCUCACACCGUUGAGGGUUCCGCCCCUGAGACCAUCACCCCCAUCCCCUACGACACCCACAUUUAAACGAAUG